GCCGGGGCGGCCCAGCCUCUUCUCCCCGUCUCACUCCCUUUAUCCCGUCAACCCCACGCACACAACAAAAAAGACACCCCUACCCCUAUGACGCCGAGGUUCACGACGGACUGGGCAUCCAACUCCGGCCUAUGGGUGAAAAAACGACGGUGAAAUUUUAUUAGUUCAUAUUUAGCUCUGAGAUCCCAACAUAAUUCGCGAUUGAUUCGACGGCUUCCACGUUCACGGGCCAACCUCGACGAUAUCUCCACUGCGCCAGCCGAAAAAUAAAAUAAAACAAAAUAAAAAGAACAACAUGUCUCUAUCCUCGCCUAGUUGCUCAUAAGGAUCCAGUCGACUGAAUACUCUAGCUAGCUGUCUAUCUAUCGGCCCGCCACCAGAUUCCGUGCAUGUUGGCGCUGCAAAUGACUAGAUUCAGGUUAUCAUGAAAUGCCUCUCCGUCAACUGGCUUGGCCGCAUAGCCAGCAACCGACGAACAUGGGCCUGCUCGAAUUGUCGCAUCCAGCAGCUGCUGCUUGCCCGUGCUAAGACGACACAACAUCACCCUCUCGCCCGGCGUUACGCCACCGAUUCCUCGCGCUAUUCGCGGCGGACCCCUAAGUCUACGAGAACAAGGGUUACUAUCUUAACUGCCGCCGCCUCCGCCGCAACCGGCGCCGGCGUGUUGGCCUUUACCGACGAGAUCAAAUACGGAUAUGAUGCGGUGGAGCGGACGGGCAGAGUUGCUGCCGCCCUGGCGAUUUGCAUCAACGACUACCGAACCUCUUUGAACCAACGAGAGGUAACCGACGACGCCGGGGAGCGGGAGGUCAUCCUGGACGCAUGCCACAAGAGAUGCGCGGUGCGAACACUUAAAGUCCUUGAGAAGAACGGGGGGAUAUUCAUCAAGCUGGGGCAGCACCUGAGCGCGAUGACAUACCUACUUCCGCGCGAAUGGACCGAGACGUUCAUACCACUUCAGGACAGGUGCCCCGUAUCUUCGUUCGAAUCGAUCGCCGACAUGUUCCGGCUCGACACUGGCGAGGAGCUCUGGGACUACUUCUCUGAAUUCGAGAAGAGCCCGAUAGGCGCCGCGUCCCUUGCACAGGUGCACCUGGCCACUAUAAAGGAGACCGGGCUGAAAGUCGCCGUCAAGGUCCAGCAUCCGGGGCUCGCGCAGUGGGCGCCCCUCGACCUCGCGCUGACCAAGUUCACCUUUUCCACCCUGAAGAAGUUCUUCCCGGAAUACGACCUCGAGUGGCUCUCGUCCGAGAUGGAAAUCUCGCUGCCGCAGGAGCUCGACUUCCAGCGCGAAGCCGCCAACGCGAUCCACACCCAGGAGUACUUCGCCCAGAUCCCCGAGCUGCCGCUGGUGAUCCCGGAGGUGAUCUGGGCCAAGAAGCGCAUCCUGGUGAUGGCGAACGAGUCGGGCCGGCGGCUCGACGACCUCGACUACCUCGACGCUAACCACAUCGACCGCGACGAGGUGUCGGCGGCGCUGGCCCGCAUCUUCAACGAGAUGAUCUUCGGCCGGGACGCGCCGCUGCACUGCGACCCGCACGGCGGCAACCUGGCGAUCCGCAAGGCGGCACCGCGGCGGCGCGGCGGCGCCAACUUCGAGAUCAUCAUCUACGACCACGGGCUGUACCGCGACAUCCCGGCGGACCUGCAGCGGGCGUACGCCAAGAUGUGGCUCGCGGUGCUCGACGGGGACAUGGCGGCGAUGCAGCGGCACGCGCAGGCGGUGGCGGGGAUCACGGAGGCGCAGUUCCCGCUGUUCGCGAGCGCGAUCACGGGGCGCGAGUACGCGGUGGUGCGGUCGUCGAUCGUGACGGCGCGGUCGGAGGCGGAGCGGUCGUCGAUGGGGCGGUCGCUGCAGGAGGGCCUGCUGUCGGACCUGGUGACGAUGCUGGGGCAGGUGCCGCGCGUGGUGCUGCUGAUCCUCAAGACGAACGACCUGACGCGCAGCCUGGACGAGAACCUGCGGACGCGCCAGGGCCCGGUGCGGUCCUUCAUGAUCCUCGCGCGCUACUGCGCCCGCACGGUGCUGCGCGAGCAGGUCGACGAGAUCCGCGCCCGGCCCGGCAGCCUGCUGCGCCCGGGCAACGCCCUGCGCUUCGUCGCCGCCUGGCUGGGCUACCUGCGCGUCGAGCUCAAGCUCGAGGCGUUCGAGCUCUGGCUCCGCGUCAAGAGGCUCGUCGGGCUCAGGACGGCAUAUUACGAACGUGCUACGUUAGGAUCAUGAUAACGACGACCACGAGGAUUCGAAUAUCGCGCAAGCGUUCCCGAAACGAACUCUCCUGCGUCCAAUUUUUUUCUGGUUCUCUCUCCCCCCGUCCCCCUCCCCCUCCGACUCCGAUAGACAUAUAGAUUCCUCGAUAGACAGUCGGCCACCGGCGGUUAGACGCGGGCUGGCCGGCUGAUACGUGCAGGUGCACGACGCGCCCUAGGCGGGACGUCGGGUGAGGGUGUACUGUACCGGUAGAAGAACUGGGAAGGAGAGGGGGGAAAAAAGAAAAAGAAGGGGGGAGGAAGAGGGGGGAGAGGGGGAGAGAGAGGCGUGCCGGACCAUGUAUUAGAUGUCUGCCCGAGCGGGGGGGACGACGUCGUCCCUCGGCGGGUAUAGUGUAAUACCUAAUAUCAACAAUACUGCAGUA